AUGGGAGACGCGGCAGCGCUCGUGCUCUGCUGUGCCAGUGUGCCUCGCGAUCAGCUCUAAUCAUAAACUGUCCGUUACAUUCACGGGAAAUUAGGAUGAUUUUAAUAUUCAGACGGAUGAUUUUAUGAAUCAUAAGGAAUUAAGGGACACUGAAUCUGCAUUUCGACUCGCGCAGGUUUAAAGGCUCUAUGGAGUUUUGAAUCAGACGGAGAUUAGAGAUGCCCAGAGCGUCUCAGUGAAAUAACCCGUAAUCCCCUCGGUGACCUGCUGCUCUUCCUGUGUAACACCUGGGAGAACACGAGCUGAAGGACUCCGACUCACGGCCAGGCCAACACGAGGCCAGUGUGACAGGAGGAAGAUCUCGACACGCUCUGAUGAGGAAGUCAGCUCCGUCAUUUCUUCAGCAACACUAAUAUCCUCCUGAGGAUCGCAUGUUUCCUCAUCACUGUGUCCAGCAUGGCUGACGCCUGGAUUACACGGCCCGAGGAACAACUCCAGGAAUUAUCCUUGUGGUCUUUUGUUUUUUUAUGGAGCAUCCAGAAGUGAAAUGGAAUUUCCUCCAUAUAAUCGGCGUGUUAUAAUCUCCAUGUCAGACGUCUGCUGAAGAGACUCGUAUGGCGGAGGCUUGUGGGAGCGCUGUGUGCUAAUAUAUUCCAGAUCGCUACAGAUAUGCUCCAAACCAAUAACUACUCGCUGGUGCUGCUGAUCCAGCUGGCACUGCUGACCUUUGACCUGUUCGUCAACUCCUUCAGUGAGCUGCUGCGGGCGGCUCCGGUCAUACAGCUCGUGCUGUUCAUAAUCCAGGACAUUGGCAUCCUGUUUAACGUGAUCAUCAUUCUUCUCAUGAUGUUUAACACAUACGUGUUCCAGGUGGGGCUGGUGUCCCUCUUACUGGAGCGAUUCAGAGCCCUGCUGAUCCUGUCUGCUCUCUACCUCACUCUCAGCAUCUGCUUUCACUGCUGGGUCAUGAACCUGAGGUGGAUGGAGUCCAAUCGUUUCGUGUGGACGGACGGUCUGCAGGUCCUCUUCGUGUUUCAGAGACUAGCGGCUGUGUUGUAUUAUUACUUCUACAAACGCACAACCGAGUACCUGGGAGACCCCCGACUUUACGAGGAUUCCCCGUGGCUUCGUGACGCAUUCGCUAGAGCGCGACAGUGAGAAACAAAACCACUGGAAACCAACCCGGCGCACGAGGGACGUUAAUAUUGUGCGAAUCUAAAAAACUCACCCAAAGCAUUUCGAGA